UACUCAACUGUAUUUUGUAGUGCGGCCGAGGCCCCGCCCACCGUUUCUCUGAUGGCAACGAGGUGGUUGGGUUACCAUGGAGACCCUGCUGGGCGAGAUCCACCAUCUUUAGGUUUUCAGCAACGUGAGACAUUUUCAAAACAUUCAGUCUGACGGACAAAACCUGAUCCAAAAUAUCUAGCGGACACUUCAAACAUUUGAGCUGUUACGAAACAACAUGGACGGGUUUAACGCUGAGCAGGUGACGAUGGAUGAUGACUCUAUCUUCAAUAUGAGUCAGAGCAGAGCACGUGCCUUUCCCCCAACAUUGCCCUUGGAAUGUAGUGCAGAAUCAUUCAAAGUGUAUCAAACACUCCUGAACCAGAGGCAUUUCCCGCCCAUUCUUCAGGCCAAUUCUCAGACACUAGCAGCUCCCUUUAAGGAGCUAAGUUACCACCGUACUCCCAGUGAAUCUAUUGGAAAUAACUACAGUCCCCGGGCGCAGGGACUCAAGAUUAACAAAGUCCAGCACAGCCCUUUAAGUAAAUCCCUGGCAAAACCAGUAGGGGCUUCAUCAACCCCAUCUGGAAGGAGCCAAUCAAUAACAUCAAAUACAAGGCAAAAGUCUAAAUCAAGGAACAUUUUUACUCCCAGUUGCCGACCCAUGAGUCCUCAGGAGCAGUUGGCCAUCUUACACAGGCAAGAGGAGAUGAUGAGGGCCAUGCAGACAGAACCUACGGAGAGAGACCUCGAAAGGUAUACAUACUAUAUCACCAAUGGUGUCCCCAGCUCUUUGCUGGCAGCCCAGCCACUUCAGCAGAUGAUGAACAUCAUGCGCCAGCUGCCUCCCGAAACUGAAGAUAGUAAUAUACACGACAAGAUUAUGAGGGAAAACAUACAGGAAGAGGUCAAAAGAGAGUAUUGCUUCACUCUCACGAAGAGCAUAGUGGACUACAUUCUAAUGGACCCAUCUGAGUGCCAGAGACUGUCCAUAUCCAGCAUCCCCAAGUCCUUUCCCAGGAGGGUGAUCCGCGGGCCAGUGCCUUGGCACACUAGUUACAAGAAGGUCCACACGUGGCAAGGCCAACAUCUGUAUGCUGUCGGUCACAUAAUGAUCCUAUUACAGGAUGUCUGGCUGAGCAGCUUCUCCUCUUUGAGAUUUGUUGGACUGGGAGACCUUUUCUCCAUCAGCCUCCCCCUCCUGCCAUCUGAGUUUGAAGAGUUUGUCCAGAGACAGUGCCAAACCACAAGGGAUGAACUGGUCCAAAAUUGGCUGCCUCGCUGUGCUUCACUCAUCGACACUUCCAAGGACCUGUGGUCGCCCCUCGUACACGAGGGCGAGCAGGACGCUCUAGUUAGUGUCAAGGAGUUCUUUAGCUGUGUGGCUGCUCUCAUGUCAAUGCAGCUCCGAAGCUUGGUGGUAGAAUCACUACAGGACCUGUUGUUUGUCUUCACUAAACAUGAGGAGGGCAAUGACUUUGGCGAGGUGUUCGAUGAGAUGAAGUAUAUUCAGUCUCAGGUGCUGCUGGUUGAGCUGCAGGUGAACGAGCCUCACAUCGACUUUAGUCCGAGCCUUCAGGAAUGUUGGGAGUUCAUCCGCAGAGGCUUCAUGCAAAUCAUCAACAGUGCCGAGAAGAUCCCGCGGGUGGAAUUUCACCUCUUUGACGAUGUAAAGAACUUUUACCUACGAACUGUCAGUGUUGAUGAGUCGCUGGUUACAAACAUAAUCAACAAAGCCGAAGACGUUUUCCACAAGAACAUCGUGGGACCUAAGAAGUAUUUGAGCGUUUAUCAGAAAUACAGCAGUCUACUGGACCAGACAGCAAAGCAGGAAAUCUCAUCUUUUCUCAAAGACAGACAGUCGUUAGAAGGAUUUGGAGAUGAAAUUGAGAGCUUUAAUCACUUACGGGAGGAGAUUGCCUCCCUGCAUGUCACGGUGCCCUUGUCCAUGUUCUGCCUGCAUGCUGGCAAGCUGAAUGAUGACCUGUGUGAGCGUGUUGAGAGACUGAAAGACAUGAUCAUCAUGUUUGAAAUGAAGGAACACCGAGAGCUUAAUGAGGGGAUAUGUAGGAAGUAUGAGGAGAUCACCGAGACCAUCAGAAGCACUCCAGAAACCACAGAGGAGCUAGCGUUUCUCAACGAGUAUAUCAAAAUAACCAGUGAUGUGACCACUCGCAAGCUGAUAGAUGAGAUUGAUGAUGCGAGAUACCACCUGAGCUUCCUCCUGGACCAUGCCACUCUACCCUCUGACGACUUGAGGCUGAAUGCCAGUGUUUAUCAUUGGCCCAAAAACAUCCUGACUGAGCUGGAAGACGGCAGGACUCAUCUGGCCACGAUGAAAGAACAGGCUCAGGACUUUCUGCAAAACAGGGUAUUAGAAUUUCACCUCAGGCUGAAGAAUUUGAACAAGGAGAUACGGGCCUUUGAGAAGAAGCAUGUGAUGAACAUGGAGGAGAUAAAGAACAACGUGAGAAAUCUCACUCGAAUCACUGCCAGCCUGGAGGCCGCUGUCACUGAACAAGAGGGUAUCAACCAUGAGCAGUAUUUGUUGGAGAUGGAACAGAGACAGAACCCUUUGCUCCAAACUCUGAUAGCUGGCAAACUGCCAUAUGAUCAGCUCUGGACCACAGCUCUAAACUUUCAGAGCAUGUCAAAAGUGUGGAUGAAUGGUCCUUUCCUUCACCUGGAUGCUGAGAGAAUCUCUGAUGACCUUGACGUGAUGUGGAGAACCAUGCUUGAACUCACCGAGUCUUUCCUGGAUCGUUUUGGGCCUUAUCGGGUGGCCAAAAGCUUCAAAAUAAAAAUCGAGGAGUUCAAACGGCACCUGCCCGUCCUGGCGACCAUCUGUAACCCCGCCAUCAAAGACCGCCACUGGGAGGCGAUCAGCAGCGCCGUGGGCUUUGCGGUCAAACCGGAUGCGAGCCGCUCGCUGCUGGACAUGUUGGACCUGGGGCUUUCCAAAUUCUCCGAUAAGUUGGAAGAGAUUGGAGCGUCCGCUAGUAACGAGUACUCUCUGGAAAAAUCCAUGGAGGAGAUGACGAGUGAAUGGGCCGAGCUCCGUCUCUCUUUCACUCCUCACAGAGAUACAGGUACUCAUAUUGUGUCAGCACUGGAUGACAUCCAAGUGCUUCUUGAUGACCACAUCAUUAAGGUACAGACUAUGAGACGGUCACCUUUCAUUAAGCCAAUAGAGACCGAAUGUAAGCAUUGGGAAGAAAGGCUGCUGAGUCUACAGGACAUUCUAGACUCCAUGUUGAAGUGUCAAGCUGCUUGGCUCCACCUUGAGCCCAUCUUCAGCUCUGAGGACAUCGUUGCCCAAAUGCCUGAGGAGGGACGCAAGUUUGCCAUUGUGGACAUCUACUGGAGGGACAUCAUCGCCACAGCGGUGAAGGAUACACAUGUGCUGGUGGCUACAGCUCAACCUAACAUGCUGGAACGACUACAGGAGUCCAACGUGUUUCUAGACGACAUCCAAAAAGGCCUCAAUACCUACCUGGAGAAGGAGAAGCUCUAAUUCCAGGGUCCAUCAAAAUCUGGAGGUCAUAACAAAAGAAUAUAGAUAUGUGAUAUGUGAUCAUUAUCAUAUAGCAAUUAUUGCAAAUGAAUAUAUGUUGGAACAGAAACACAUAUAUAUCUGUUUAUCUUCUCUUUGCUAUGAAAAAAACAUUUAACAUCUUUAUGGCUCUUUUAUUUCAGAAUGGGUGAUUGGUUCAUUUUUCAUUCAAUAAUACGGUCAAAAUAAGAUCAAAACAACUGUGUCAUUGUUUGCAGUGUUCUCUUAAGCAGCAGUGUGUUCUGAUGGCAAACACUAGGUGGCAGCCAAGGCAAACCAGUAUUCCACUGGUCUCAGCCCAAAUGGUUGUAAUAAUUGUAUCUCUUCAUUCCUGAUUGCUGGGCGUGUGAUUUAAUGCCUUUAAUCUCCAUAGAGGCCGGAGCCUUUUCACGACAGACAGAAGUACACAAAGCUUGAGUAAAGGGAAUGUGUUUACUUUAAAACCCCCAGCAGUUGAGUUUCACAUUCUCAAGCCCACCACUUUGGGUCUGAGGGGAGUGUUGCUUCCAUCUGAUUCUGUCUUAAUGUCAGCGCUGCUUGAAGCACUCUGCGGUCGACCCCUGUGGGUUCAAACAUAAUUCGUCAGAUGUCUGAAUUCAGCUGCUGCAUGAACGGCCACCCUAGACUAUAGGCCAGGAAAUAGUGCAACAUUAAAUCUAUAGUAUUUAAUGCAGCUGAUGGAAGCGCAUGUGACAGAUGCUACUAUAUGUUCAAUGGUGUGUUGAAGUUGCACAAAUUGAGAAUCUCGAGCGGCUCACCAGUAAGUAAAGGACCCUCCAAAGUCUCUUUCAGCUAUAGUGUUCUCAAAACAACGUGUCCUUCUCUGCCUAGUCCCUGCAGGAUUCCUCAAGUCAAAGUGUAAACGCCCCCAGAGAGAGCUAGAUGAUCAUUUCCAUAUAAAGACAAUGAGAAAACGGAACUAGCAGAAGCAGAACCCUGACAUGUUCUCCAACACUCUGUGCGAGUGUGACGGCUCUGUUUACUCUCUACGACAAAUAAUCUACUUCAGUUCUCUGAGCAAGGACGCCCGGGCUGCAGCUUUUAUUGGAGUCACUCAAUUUAUGUUAGGGUUGAGCUGAUAAUGAAACGGAGGAACCUUCUGUUUUUUCAGAUAAGGCUCCUCUAAAUCAGUGUCUCUCAAGCUGUGGGGCGCGACCCUCUAGCGGGUCGCAGUACUUUUACAGAGUCGCAGGGAACUAUAUUGAGAACUUCCCAUAUUACCAGAGUGAAUAGUACACGGACUGAUGUUGCCUCUCUCAAAACUAAAUACCAAUCCAAGUUCAACAUUGAGCAUGAAGUGGGAGUAUCAAGUGUGCAACGAUGUUUAAAUAUUUGUAGUGGAAAGUAGCUCAUUGCAGAAACUAAUACACGUUAAACGUGUUUUGUGGACAUCAGAUGGCUCGUCCUGAUCUGCACUCAUUUUGGGAUUUUUUCACAGGUUGCACAGAGAAAUCUGGUUAACUCAAAAGUGAUUGACAUUUUUUAUUGCAUUAUUGGAAAAAAUGCCACAAAAUGUGUAAUAAAAAUUAAACAUCUA